ACCCGGCAGCCGACGGCCGCGCGGCAGAGCCCGCGGGUUGUGCUGAGCGGAGCUCCUGGGUCCGCACCUCCCCGAGCGCCUGGACUGCGCGGCGGCGUCGACAGCCCGACUGCAGGGCACGGCGGCGGCAGACACGUUAGCCGCGGUCCGCAGUCCCCGAGUAGCUUCUGCCUCAGGUGUUGGCGUCCACGCCACCCGACCCAGAGCCGCGACAGGUGCCGCGCGGGUUCUCUGGGGACCGCGCUGCCGCCGCGGGCAACUCCCGCCCGUCCCGUCCCGUCCCGUCCCGCGACCCCCUGCGCAGCCCGCCGCGCGCCGUCGGGGGAGCCUCAGCCCCGGGCCGCGGCGAAGCGGAUGCGCGUCGGGUGAGCGCGGCGUCCCGCCCGCCAUGGCCGCGCGCCCCGGGCCGCUGUGGCUCCUGGGGCUGGCGCUGUGCGCGCUGAGCGGCGGCGGCCCCGGCCCGCGCCCCCCAACCGGCGGCCCGCCCCGCCGCCUGGGCCCGCGCGAGCGCCGCGACCUGCAGCGCGAGAUCCUGGCGGUGCUCGGGCUGCCCGGGCGCCCCCGGCCCCGCGCGCCGCCCGCCGCCGCCCGGCUGCCCGCGUCCGCGCCGCUCUUCAUGCUGGACCUCUACCACGCCAUGGCCGGCGACGACGACGACGACGGGGGCCCUCGCGAGCGGCGCCUGGGCCGCGCCGACCUGGUCAUGAGCUUCGUCAACAUGGUGGAGCUCGACCGCUCCCCGGGCCACCAGGAGCCCCACUGGAAGGAGUUCCGCUUUGACCUGACCCAGAUCCCGGCGGGGGAGGCGGUCACAGCUGCCGAGUUCCGGAUUUACAAGCUGCCCAGCGCCCACCUGCUCAACAGGACCCUCCACGUCAGCAUGUUCGAGGUGGUCAGAGAGCGGGCCAACAGGGAGUCUGACUUGUUCUUUUUGGAUCUUCAGACGCUCCGAGCUGAGGACGAGGGCUGGCUGGUGCUGGACGUGACAGCAGCCAGUGACCACUGGUUGUUGAACCGCAGCAAGGACCUGGGACUCCGCCUCUACAUGGAGACAGAGGACGGGCACAGCGUGGAUCCUGGCCUGGCCGGUCUGCUGGGGCGACGGGCACCGCGCGCCAAACAGCCUUUCGUGGUCACGUUUUUCAGGGCGAGCCCCAGCCCCAGCCCCAUCCGGGCCCCUCGGGCAGUGAGGCCCCUGAGGAGGCGGCUGCUGAAGAAGACCAACGAGCUGCCGCAGCCCAACAAGCUCCCGGGGAUCUUUGAUGGCGCCCACGGCUCCCACGGUCGGCAGGUGUGCCGUCGGCACGAGCUCUAUGUCAGCUUCCAGGACCUCGGCUGGCUGGACUGGGUCAUCGCCCCCCAAGGCUACUCAGCCUAUUACUGUGAGGGGGAGUGCUCCUUCCCGCUGGACUCCUGCAUGAACGCCACCAACCACGCCAUCGUGCAGUCCCUGGUGCACCUGAUGAAGCCAGACGCCGUGCCCAAGGCGUGCUGCGCGCCCACCAAGCUGAGCGCCACCUCCGUGCUCUACUAUGACAGCAGCAACAACGUCAUCCUGCGCAAACACCGCAACAUGGUGGUCCAGGCCUGCGGCUGCCACUGAGGCCCUGCCGGCCGCUGCAGCACCUCCCGCCGGGGUCAGCCCCGCUCCAGAGGCUGAGACCCUCAAAUGCCACCAUAGCUCUGGAGGGGCCGAAGGGAGGGCUCUCAUAUCUGCCCCCAUCCAGCCAGGGUCUGGUCGGUCCUCUUCAGGCCCCUGGCCCCUUCCCCAGGAUCUGUGGUUUGUCCCACCCCAACCUGUAGGGACGGAUGCACAUAGCAGCCAUGGUGUCAGCGCAGGAGGCCUAUCUUAGGACUGUCCUUGGCCUUCGUGGCCCGUACUGUGGACGACCCAGGCCAGUCUGAGUGGAUGACUGGCUGGUUGGGCCAGGGUUCUGGGGUGGGAGCAGGGCGUGUCCCUUCCCAGGAUAACUUGGGCAUUUCCAGGGCCUCGUUAGACACGUGCCUGUCCUCAGUAGUGAGCACAUCAGAAAGAACAAGCCGGAUGGGCUCAUGCCCUGGGCCUGCCCUCCUGCCUGGAGAGGUGUGACUCCCAGAGAAGCAAGAAAUCUCAGGGGCUUCCAGUUCCCUCACUGCCCCCCUGUGGGGCUCAGCACUGGACAAAGGUAACUCCUGGCAGAAGCAAGGACAGACUCGCAGAGUCUCAGCAGACGCGCAGCACAGACCUCACCACUGCCCGGCCUCUCGCCGUGGCCGUCAGUGAGCACCCGGGUUCUUUCCCCGCUGAACGUGGACAGGGUCUCAAAAACCUCAACACAAACCGUUCGGAGUUGAAACGAACCGGUUUCCGCUCCUCCCAUGCUAAGGAGCAAUGCAUCCCCGGAGCAGAGGGCUCAGGUCACCUCUGGCCAGGCAUGGGGCAAGGGGGGCCACUGUCGGUGUCUGCCGGAGUCUAGAAGGUAAGGACAGCCUGGUCACCUGUGUCCUGUUUCUUGGGGCCUGUGAGCCAAAGAAAGGCCCCUGUCCCAGGGGAGUGACAGGCAGUAAUUAGGGUGAGCUGGGUGGGAAGGUUCCCGGAAACCACUGUUCUCCUUGGAGCAGCCGAGGCAGUGGGAGUGUUUAUUUGAUUUCUGACUUGCUAACCCUGUAAUUUACCUGCUGGAGCAGACAGUCCAGCUGCCUGAACCCUGAAAUACUGUGUCGUUAAUAGCAGAUCCUGGGCCCACCCCAGCCCACAGGCACAGCCCACAGAGGCAGAAUGACCCGUGUGCCCAAGGACGCGCAUCCCUGGGGUCCACUCUGCACCCUGAGGACGGGCCCCGGGAGAGCAGGUCUGGGGCAGGGGUGGAGGCUGGGCGAGGCUGCAGGGCAGCAGCCCCCAUACCUGGACUGGGAGGUCCUCAGAGUGAGUGCCGAGGAAGAGGCCCUCUCCGUGUACACAGAUGGGCCCAGACUGCCUGGAAGGCAGGGAGCUCCCCACUCGCCGGGCUUCGAGCUCAGGCUGGCAGGGAUCGGACCCGGCAUCGGCGGGAGUGUCAGGAGAUCCGUAUUCUGGUUCCAACUCAGCCGGCCACUGACCUGCUUGCGGUCUGAAGCAGCCCCCUUCCCGAUUCAGACUUGUUUCCCCUCCGUGUCGGGCCCACAGGACUCUCAUCUCCCAAGGCCUUGGAGCCAGGGCACGUGCCUGCCACCCUCCCCUCGUCUCAGCCAGGUGCCCAGUGGCCAAGGACAUGAGACCUGGACCUACCGAGCAUCUCCCUCCUUUCAACACCAGGGCAGGGGAGGCCUGGAAACUGCCGACAGGUGUCAAUAUCUGGUCUCUGCCGUGCCUCAGACAUAACUUGGCACAGUUCAGGGUGCCAGGAAAGUGCGUGAAAUGAAGGUUUUAAAGAUGCAGCCUGCCUCGCCCAGUGGAACAGGAAUGAGACACGAAUUCCUUUCUGCAGUAAAGCUGACAGUACAGCAGCCAUGGCUUUCCUGAGACUUGUGGCACCUUCCGCCAUCCAGGCGGCCACCAUAGACGUCCAAUGGAAAAGGCCUCGGGGAAGGGAGACGUCACAGACACAAAGCUGGAGGUGGCAGCGCUGGGUUGCCAAGGCCGCCUUGUUUGUCUGGUUGCCUGGCAGCCCAGGUUACAUUCGAGGCUGCACAUCAGAAGCAUGAAUGAGGGCGCCUCGGGCCCACUGACAGCCAAGUCAACGCUGACACAGGAUGCGAAGGACAGGCGAGUGGGGCCACUCAGAGGGGGAAACUGCUGUCCUCAGCACCCCUCACCCUCCGACGCAGCCCUGGCCGAUGCCAGCUUAUCAGGCACAGCUCUCUUCUUUCAUGUUUGUGGGGAAGUGGGUCAUGUGCCCCGAGAAAUUCCCUACAAUUUCACAGGAAAGGAGGCUGUAACCCGGAGACAAUAGGUUUGUAGCCAGACCUGGCACCAAACCUCGGCUCGGCCUCUUGUUAAUCUGACUGAGCCAUGUAACCUGUCAGAGGUCCUCCCUGUAGAAAGGGGUGUUGCUCCUGCCCUGGCUGUUCACAGCACUUAGCACAUCUGAACAUGUGUGUGCAGUGAGCAGCAUGUUAGUGCUCUUCAAAAUAAUUUGCAAACGUGGGCCUCCAUGGGUGCCUACUCACUCUUCCGAGUCUCAGGUCCACACCCGGACACCUGGAGCGCUGCUGUCUUCUCUUCAAAGCUGUGCUCUCCCCAAAACCCAAACUUGGUGAAUUUUGUUUUAAACUUGGUAACCUCUCGGUGUGAGGGCGGGCUUGCGCCUCCCCUGCCUGCGGAGGAGCCCUGGCCAGCAGUGCCCACCCGCGGCCUCAUGGGAAGUUGAAGGGAACAACUUUGUGGGUUUCUCUUCUUACUGGGAGCCCUGAGCAGCCAUUUGACUCUCUGCUAAGUUUUCCCUCACUUAAGAAAAUAUUAAUUACAUGUAUGCUGAGGAAAUUUUUGAAAAUAAAAAUUAAAAAAAAAGAAAAAUCGAUAUGAACAGACAUAACCCCACCACAGAGAAAACGAUCAUUAAUGAUUCAUCCAGUCUUUUUUAUUGGCACAUGUAUGUCUUUAUUCAUAAGAUACAGAAAUUUUACAAAGUAAGGAUCGUAUUCUAUGCACUGCUUGGUGAUCUGACUUAUUCAAUUUAUGAUAUAUUCUGAAAUUAUUAAAUAUUCUUUGAAAACAUAA